CACGGGAUGGGUAUCCCCUCCAUUUCCAUCAUGCUGCACGAGCUCAUCAAGCUGCUGCACUACGCCAAGUGCCGAGACGUCACUGUUAUACGCAUCGGUACUUCUGGAGGCUUAGGGGUGGAGGCCGGGUCUGUGGUGGUCACGGACACGGCCGUGGACUCGUCCUUCGCGCCGCGGUUCGAGCAGGCGGUGCUGGGCGACGUGGUGGUGCGCAGCACCGAGCUGGACAAGGACCUGGCGCAGGAGCUGCUCGCCUGCAGCAAGGAGGUCCCCGACUUCCCCACACUCAUCGGCCGUACCAUGUGCACCUACGACUUCUAUGAAGGUCAGGGGAGAUUAGACGGGGCGCUGUGCUCUUUUUCCAGUGAAAAAAAGGUAGAGUACCUGCAAAGAGCUUACGCCGCCGGCGUGAGGAACAUCGAAAUGGAGUCCACGGCCUUCGCUGCCCUGUGCGGGCUCUGUGGCCUCAAAGCCGCCGUCAUCUGCGUGGUGCUCCUGGACCGGCUGGAAGGGGACCAGAUCCGGGCUCCCCGCGAGGUGCUGCGCGAGUACCAGCGGCGGCCCCAGCGCCUGGCCGCGGCCUUCAUCCGGAGGCGCCUGGGGCUGCGCCGCCCGGCAGGAAACGCGCUCCUCUGCAGCCGCUGA